CUCAAACUCACGCUGCCAAUGCACUUAACCACUGACCUACUAACACAGAUCCAUGAGUCAGUAGCCACCUUGAAAAGAAAAAGCCCAGGGAGGAGAGCCAGGUACUCCACAACUUGUAGGAUUUAAUCGACAUUUAUUUUAAUCGCAGAUGGAGAACGUACACUUCACUGUGCCUGACAACUGAGCAGACUCCAAACCAAGAUUUCCUCCAAUGUAGCGGUUCAAGCAGUAUGGUGUGCAGCUGAAGACCUAUGAGCACGUUUAACCAACAGUGAAAACAUGCAAUCAAUCAAGCAAGAGGAGGUGGACAGUGAGGCCUACAGCGGAGACGAUGCCCUGGUGCUGGCGGUGGCGUUACAGGGGGCUAACGGGGACGGGUUGGGCCACACAAUCUCUGCCAUUCCCAUCAAGACUAAAACCUCCUGUCGCAGGAAAAGAGAGUUCAUCCCGGAGGAGAAGAAGGACAACGUUUACUGGGAGAGGCGCCGCAAAAACAACGAAGCGGCCAAACGCUCCCGGGAGAAGCGGCGCAUCAACGACAUGGUGCUGGAGAACAAGCUGAUGGCCCUGGGGGAGGAGAACGCCUCCCUCAAGGCCGAGCUGCUGUCCCUGAAGCUCAAGUUCGGCCUGGUGAGCUUGGCGGCGUACGCCCAAGAAGUCCAGAACUUAUCCAGCUCCAGCAAUAUCGACGUCUACCAGGAGUUAGUUCCACCCGGUGCCGGCCAGAGCUCUUCCAGCAGGGUGACGGAGCCUCUUCUGUCACGCAGCAGCUGCAUAUCAGUCAUCAAGCAUUCGCCUCACAUGCCCGAGACGUGCACUGCCACUCAAGGCUGCAGGAGCACAGAGGUGAAGCAAGAACCAGCGGAGCACGCACAAGAGAGGAGCAGCCCCUACGAACUGUACCAAAACUACAUGGCCAGCCCUCUGUCGGGAGUCUACCCCCAGCCCGCCGCCUUCCUGCAGCUUACCCGGUCCUCCAGCAACUCCCCCAGGAGCUCAGAGGACGGCGGCGUGAGCAAAUCCUCCGACGGCGAGGACGAGCAGCAGGUCCCCAAGGGGUUAACGCCGUCUGCAGCCGACCCCAGGAGCGUCAUCGUCUCCACACACAAAGUGCCGGAUGCCAGUUCUUCAGCGUUGCCCCACAAGCUGCGGAUUAAAGCCAGGAGCAUCCAGAUCAAAGUGGAGGCCAUCGACCCGGAGUACCCCUCCUCGUCUCCUCGAGGAUGCUCCAGUCAGUCGUCCCCCUGCCCGCUGUCCCUGCAGGUCACCAACAUGCAGGACUGGAGCCAGCAGUCUGAGCCGUGGCACCGAGCAGAACCGCAGAGCAAACCCAGCGCCGAGGUCAAAGAACGUUCCUACGCACUCUCAGAGGACUUGUAUCUGAGACAGGGCCCCCCGGAGCUGCCCGCCCUCAGAAGACUGAUCCAAGCACAGCACGGGUCUGUGGUGGUCUCGAGCAGGAGCGCCGGCGAUCCUCACGAGGCGUUUUCCUGCUCCUCCGCAUGACCGUAGUGCUUUUAUACUUCCUGUUGCACUGUGUGGUUAAACAAGGUUUGGAUUAAUGUUCAUGUUCAAAUGUCAGAGCACAAUGGGGAGGGGGAGGGGGGGGGGGGGCUGCCUGUACUGUCAGAUAUAACGUAGACCUAGAGUGCCACACCAUCAGUACAAAAAAACUCACCAGAGUUUCUCAUUAUAUAUCCAUACAAAUACUGCUUUCAUUCACCUUUUCCAGAAACACUGCCACUUCCAGCUCCAAACCGGAAACCCGAUUUAUUCUGUGUGUAAAUCAGUUAGGUACUUUUUGUCGCACUUGGAGGUAACAGCUCCAGCAGAGAGCCCCAAACUUUCCUUUCCCUGGCCACAUCAACCAGCUCUGACUGGGGGAUUCCAAGGCGCUCCCAGGCCAGCGAAGAGAUAUAACCCCUCCACCUGGUCCUAGGUCUACCCCUCGGUCUCUUCCCAGCUGGACGUGUCUGGAACACCUCCCUAGGGAGGCGCCCAGGUGGCAUCCUCACUAGGUGCCCGAACCACCUCAACUGGCUCCUUUCAACACGAAGGAGCAGUGGUUCUACUCCGAGUCCCUCCCGGAUGACUGAACUUCUCACCUUAUCCCUAAGGGAGAUGCCAGCCACCCUGUGGAGAAAUCCCAUUUCGGCCGCUUGUAUCCGCCAUCUCGUUCUUUCGGUCGUGACCCAUCCUUCAUGACCAUAGGUGAGGGUAGGAACAAAGAUGGCCCGGUAGACAGAGAGCUUUGCCUUCUGGCUCAGCUCUCUUUUCGUCACAACGGUGCGGUAAAGAGACUGCAGUGCCGCUCCCGCUGCUCCAGAAAUACGUAUUGAUCAAAUAUGUAUAAUGUGAAUAAAAAAACACAGCCAAAAUCUAGUGGUCCAUUUUUAAAAGUAUCUUUGGUUCCAAUAAGUAUUUAGUUGAAUGUCUUUAUUUAACCAAUUACUGCAUCUUACCAGCUUGUUUUUGGUAAUAAAUUCCUAAAUUAGCUCCGUAUUUGAGACAUUCUUCAUCAAAACAACUGAAAGUAGGCACCGGCCGUGGCGCAACUGGCUGGGGCACCUGCACCUCACGCCGGCGACCCGGGUUCGAUUCCCGACCCGUGGUCCUUUCCGGAUCCCACCCCGACUCUCUCUCCCACUUUCCUGUCACUCUCCGCUGUCCUAUCCGAUUACAGGCAAAAAGCCCCCAAAAAAUAUCUUUAGAAAAAACAACUGAAAGUAUUUAUAUAAAAAGGAAAAGUAUUCAACUUCAGCACGAGUCCAAACAGACAACAUGUUUUAAUACAGAUACAUAAAAACUGCUGUUAUCGCCACCACAUUUACGGCUUUUCCGCACAUGCUCAGAACAAAUCAGGUUUCAGGUACGGACAACCUCCUCGUCCAAUCAAACGCAGCACUUCCUGCUUAUUCAUUACCUCAAGGUAUCUGGAAGGCUUUCAUUGGGAAAAAUGUGUGCAGGAACGGCUGAGUUUUAUUAAACGUGGCUUGAAUUAAUGGGUAUGACCCAUUAAGACUUCCUGCCACUAUUUGAGAUGUUACAGAAUCAUUUACCACAUGCUGAUUGACUCUAACUGGGUGUUAGGAGAAGGCUCCAGUUAGCGCUCUGCUUUGCUUUAAAGCUGUUAUACCGGACGUGGUAUGGUUACUGGAUCCAUCUGUAUACUGGGGAGGUGACUGGUCUUCAGUGGAGAGUCCAGGCCUCUGCUUUGAGAGAAUAUCUUACCAUGCUUUUUUUCUGUUGGUUUAGUAAUUCCUGCACAAUUUCCAAGACUUUUCCUGAAAGAAAUGAAGUAAUUUGAUACUCGUUAUGGGGGAAAUAGAUCAAAGUGAGUCCAAAUGCACACCUGAACAUGAGAAACUAAAUCUAAAGGUUAGUGUAUUAAAGGAUGUUUUAAUACCCUAUAGUUCCCUACCAAACUCAACGUUCUUUGAGGGAACCUUUCUAAGAAUAAGACCCUAAAUGCAGCAUUUCUGUUCCCUCUCGUCCUGGUCGAUUAAUCAGAUCUUGGACACGUUGCACUCCAUUGUCUCUGCUGUAGUUUUAGAUGCAUAACAAGUUACACACCUGGGCUUUCACCUUAGUUUUACGCAUUUUAAAAAAGGCUCUGCUGCACUGGUUCACUGUUUGCCAAAUCGCUUUUCUUUUGUGGAUUUUUACUCAUUUUGUAAAACCGUACAACGUUAAACUGAGACUGUGUUUGAAGCUGGCUGGAGAAUUGAGAUUCUGAGCUGUAUCCUCAAAUGUUAACCAUCUACAUCUGUUUUAUGAAAGAGUGUCCAGAGAUUCAGUGUUUUAUCCGGUCGGUCGGCUUCUGUAUGGUUAACUGUUAUGGAAUCAGAGCUGUCGGGUUAAUUGAAUGCAUUUUCGAAUUGCCUUUAGCUAGUUGGAGUGAUACAACGAACCUCCUGACCUUCUCUGUUAUUGAAAUGCAUUCCGUAUUUUAGUUUUUAAAAAUGCCCUGCGUAUUUUUGGAUCUGAUCUUGAUGCAGAUGAAUCCAUCAGCCUGGCGUCCAGUUCUGUAUCCGAACACUUUUCUCAAGGUUCAUUGUAAGGAUGAGUUUUGUUCACAAUAAAUGUCUAAUCACUGAA